GAAAACUGUUCUUUAUGUUUGUCUCCUUAGUCAGAGCUGAACCUUUAAGAGGAGCUGGGGUGUCCUCCCUUGCUGAUGAGGAGGGAAUGCUGAUCUAGGAAUGUCGCAGUCUGCUGGAUGCAGCUCUGUUUGCUGUGUUGCACCAUUUUGACAAUAACCUUGCAUUUAUCAAGCAGACAAAAUUCACACAGCCCCAGAGCCGGGGAGGGAGGAGAUGUCUUUUCAAGAAAUGAAAUAUGGAUAAUCGAAACCAGAUAAUAGCAUAUUAGAACAGCCGGGCUAUUCCACUGCUGCGCUAUGGAUUUUAUACUAUUUUCCGAUAGCGGCAUCUAUCCAUUUUAAGGCAGAGCCCGCUGUGUGAGCAGCCACGACAGCUCGCCGCGCAUGGAUCACGCGGCCAUUAUCACAAAGCCGGCAGGGAUGUGCCCGUGGACUUAACGCGGGGGCUCGGGGCCGUAUUUCUGCCCUGUGCGUUUCCCUAGCCUGCUUACCAGGGAUGGGCGGCUCACCCGACGUUGUUGUUAGAGAUUAUAUUUGCAUUUUUCCUUCUAGUCCUCGCCGGCCCUGGUGAAACACUAACCGGGCUUAAUGCUGCUUAUCAGUCUCCGCGUUGUUCGGCCCUAAGAAAAUGACUCCCAGCGGGAGCGCCGCCGCCUCCCGCCCCAGCAGACAAAAGACAGAGAGCUUUGUUCCUAAUUUCUGUACAGUGCUGCCCAAACUCCGUCUCGGUCCCACGGCACUGGGCAUGUCACACUCGGUUAUCCCUGAUCCUGCCCAUCCCCCAGCUCCGGGUGUGCGGGAGGCUUGUGACCUCGCACUCAUUUCCGUAGCAACGCACGGUGAUGUCAUAUGCGCUGGUGCGAGCUGCAAUGCACCCAGGUGGUAGCAGAGAGCAUGCAGGCUGCAUCCAGCCGAGGUAAUGCAGGAGCAGGGCUGGCUCACGUCCUCCUGGGGAACGCAGGCGUCGCCGUGCUGCUCCUGCACCAGGAGCUUGCUGUCUGCGUGCUUCCUGGGCACGGUGCUGAGAAAUGCUGAGCUGCUUCCCUCACUUCAGGUGACAGAACUGAACGAGCCUCUGUCCAAUGAAGAGAGGAACCUCCUGUCCGUCGCCUACAAGAAUGUUGUGGGGGCACGGCGCUCGUCCUGGCGAGUCAUCAGCAGCAUUGAGCAGAAGACCUCUGCCGAUGGAAAUGAGAAGAAGAUCGAAAUGGUACGGGCCUACCGUGAGAAAAUCGAGAAGGAGUUGGAAGCCGUGUGCCAGGACGUGCUGAGCCUGCUGGACAACUACCUGAUCAAGAACUGCAGCGAGACGCAGUACGAGAGCAAAGUCUUCUACCUGAAGAUGAAAGGGGACUAUUACCGCUACCUGGCCGAGGUGGCCACCGGCGAGAAGAGGGCGACCGUGGUGGAGUCUUCGGAGAAGGCCUACAGCGAGGCCCACGAGAUCAGCAAGGAGCACAUGCAGCCGACCCACCCCAUCCGGCUCGGCCUGGCGCUUAACUACUCCGUUUUCUACUACGAGAUCCAGAACGCGCCGGAGCAGGCCUGCCACCUGGCCAAGACGGCGUUCGACGACGCCAUCGCCGAGCUGGACACCCUCAACGAGGACUCCUACAAGGACUCAACGCUCAUCAUGCAGCUCCUCCGCGACAACCUAACGCUCUGGACAAGCGAUCAGCAAGACGACGACGGCGGAGAAGGCAACAAUUAGACCCCCCAGAUGGACUGGCAGCCGCACGCUGAUGCUAACUACUGCAGUCUUUAUUUUUUUCCCACAAGUGGGGGGGUCAGGGGUGGGGGAGGGAACGGGAGGGGACACCUUCCCAGGGAGGCCCCCACAACCUGUCUUUGAUUGCCUCUUUGACAUUUUUGCCAAAACACCACUAGUGGAAGUCAGGCUGGCUGUGCUGGUAUGGAAUAGCAGCCUCACUGGCAUAUGGACUGUUCUGUAGAUUAUUAAUACAAGUGGAGCUGUCUUUAAUUUAACUUUAUUGCUAGAAAUAAAAGGGUUUUAAGAUGAAUUAACUCGGAACGGAAUGGCCCUCGUUUUUAAGAAAAGCAACACAAAAGGAAGUUCUGUGGUUCCAGUAAGGCUUUGUGCGUUUGUUUCUUCAGUUCAAGUGCCGUGUGUCCGUACCACGCCGCGGGGCGUCUCCCCGCAGCGCUCUGCCUGUCAGGGCGCAGCUUCAAAUCCCCACAUUGAAAAGGAAUAAUAAUAAUAAUUUAGAGAGAGAGAAAAAAAAAAAAAAAAAAGACUAAAGAGUUUGGGGCUUGUCAAGCCCCGGGAUUCAGGCCAUUUAAUCUUUUUGUGAAGAUAUUAGGCUAGCUUACAGUAUUAACACUAAAUUGCAGUUUACAGUAUUUCUACAUUACAGCCAUAUGACAUCAAGCCUUUGAUUGUCUGUUUUCUUUUGCUAGUUCUUUCGGCUUGCCUUCCUGAUCAGUCCUCGCCUGUGGACUGGCUUUAGCAAUUCUGUGUCGCCCAAGGCAAGAAGACCGCCUGCCCCAGGAACAUCAAAGCUGCUCUAGUUUUCGGUCAACAGCUUAACAGGUGCUUGGCUAGCGGCUGUUUAAACUAUUUUAGUCCACAGCAAAAGGUUUAAGAACUUAAUUAGGAAAAGGGGGAAGUGUUUAAACUUAAAAUGCCACUGAAAAAAAAAAUAAAAAUAAAAAUAAUAAUAAUAAUAAUAAAAAAAAGAGAAUUCAGGUCUGUAUGUCAUGUACUGUGUUUGGUAUUUCAAAGACCAUCCUGAUUUAAGGUGCCACAGCUGCUUCCUCAGGGAUUGCACUGCCAUUUCACUCUGCCUGACUUUCUCCCACUGUACCAUGAGGUUUGUCAGCAGAUCUCCGGCACCCGGGCUCCCUUGUUUGUCACCAGGGAAGCCAGGUGCGAUUUCUUUCUCCUGGGGAAGCUUGUGGUGUAAUGAGUGAACUUCAGGAGCUUAGAAACUAAUUUGGUAGAGAAAUCCUCAAGGGAAGAGCUACAAUCAUAGACAUUUCUAUCGAGCAUCGGGAGCCCAGGAACUUAGUUCUCUUCUUAACAAAAUCUUUUCCAAAUCCCUUAUCCGACAGGGGGGGGGUGGGAGGGGGCCAUCUGAGUUGCUUCGCAGGUGAGAUUUACCCCAUUUCGAGUGACUUUUGUUCCCUAACUGCUGGAAGUUCGCUGCUGCCCCACGGAGCUUCUGGCCCGAAGCUGCGCGCUCGGGAGAACCUUUACCCCACGCGGGCCUUCCCCAUCCCUUGGGGAGCCAUGCCCGGCCCCACGGCUGCUGCUCGGGGUGCCUUCGUAGAGCCGUGCCCGGGCUGACGGCCCGCGGCAAGCCAUGGACUGGAGGAUCUGUGUAGGCUUCUUCCCUCCCCUCGGUUUUCCCCUUGGUGUCCAGUGAGCAGUGUUGUCCCGGCUGUAUAAUUUGGAAGUGAUUUACUGGAAUUACAAAACCUGUUUGUUUUUCUUUUCUUUUUUCUUUUUUCCUUUUUUCUUUCUUUCUUCUUCUUUCCGGCUUUCGCUCUGGCUGCUUUAGGAAACUUGCGCAGGACAGAUCGCACAAGAGGGCUCCGAGGGGCGUGGGGUCAGGGAUUGAUUUUUUCAAGCAGCUUGAAUGGUUUCUUUCAUUUUUUUAAGAAAUGCACUUGCCUAUGAUACUGUCUCUCCAGUGAAAUGAUUACUGCUCCAUUACUCUAUUGAUACAAUAUUGUGCAUGCUAGUGUCGUAUUUCUAUACAGUAGCUUGAAAUUUAUUAACUUAUACUGUAGAUGUUAUGUAUUCCUAUGACAAAAUAGUCUUCAAAAAUUUUUUAAAGUUUUUUAAUUUAUUUUUCUUUUGGGGGUAAAGUUUGCUCUACCAAAUAGUGAUCGUAACAAACUGAUCUGUUAUGGAUGUUGCUAUAGUGACAUGCAAUUAUAUAUGAUUUUGUUUUUAAAAAGGAAAAAAAAGCAAAAGAAAACACCAGUGUUAGCUUAAUCUUAAUGUCUGGUGUUCGUCAUGGUGAAAUUAUAACUAUUACAGUGUAGGAGAACAAUGACUGUGUUCUUUGAAUGAGCCUUUGUUUGUGCUUUUUGUCAUGUUAUGCAGUGAACUAUUUUUAAGGUCUAAUCAGUGAUUAUUUUUCCAACUCCGUGUUUCUGUAAGGAAUUAUUUCACACACGGACCAUUCUUAGCAGUUUUCCUCAGUGAUGGAAUAUCAUGAAUGUGAGUCAUUAUGUAGCCGUCGUACAUUGAGCAAAAUAAACUUACAGAUCUGAUGUCA